CACAUGUGUGCAGGGCCGAUGACGUGGAGCUGCUGUAAUAGCUCGCAGGCUGUUAGCUACAGGCUAAUGCUAGCCUGUCAGACGAUAGGAGCAUCAGGGUAAACUGAAGCACUUUGGGGAAUAAUAACAACUUGAUCAACCUUGGCAAGUCUGUGCGCCGAAAAAAGGAGUUCACCACUGACCAAUGUGCAUGUAAAAUACUACAGACUGAGCAGUUGUAUCCAAGUGUUUUAUGAUGUAGCAGCAUGGCACCACCCUACACUCCACCUACUACUUCGUCGUCGUGUCUCCCCCUGAAUCCCAGACGGCCCACCGCCCCUCACUGAUCCACCGCUCCCCCGCUGUGUUCCAGACUCGUCUGCAGAGAGACGAAGAAGAGAUGUUCGCUAAACUGAAGAAGAAGAUCGCAGAGGAGGCGGCCACGGCCCCUCGGACCGGUGCCCGCAUCCCGCGCUCCGCCAGCAAGGAGUCCAUCACCUCAGGGGGCGCUGACUCCGGAGACGACUUUGCGUCUGAUGGGAGCAGCUCCAGGGACGACCUCUCCUCGCAGGUCCUCCGGAGGAACGACCAGGUCCGCAGGCUGGAGGCCAAGCUCACCGACUACGCUGAGCAGCUGAGAAUAUUGCAGAAGACCAAGGAAAAGGUUGAGUUUGCGUUAGAAAAGCAUCAGGAUUCUUCAAUGAGGAAGCUGCAGGAGCAGAACGAGUCCAACCAGGCUGGUCGAGCCAAGAUGGCUGAGGGUCUGACUCUGGCCCUGGAGAAGAAGGACCAGGAAUGGAUGGAGAAAAUGGGGGUUCUUGAGAAGGAGAAGGAGGUGCUAAGAAUGGAGGUGGAGGAGCUGACGGAGAAGAGCCUCACUUUGUUCCAGAAGAGGGAUGACCGUGACGAGCUUGAGACCUUCCAACAGCAGGAGCUGGCCAAAGUCAAACACAUGUUGCUGAGGAAGGAGGAGCAGCUGAGCCAGCGGGAGAAGGAGCUGGAGGGGAAGGAGGUGCAGCUGCAGGCGGCCCGGCGGUCGCUGGCGGAGGCCCAGGGACGACUGCUCCUCCUGGGCCAGGAGCACCAGGAGAUCAGCCAGCUGAACACAGAGCUGGAGAUAGAGAGGGAGGAGCUGCUGGUGUCCCGGGACGAGGCGGCGAGCAAGGUCAGGGAGGCGGAGCAGAGGAGCAGGGGGGUGGAGCAUAGGGGCAGGGAGCUGCAGGCGGUCAUCCAGCAGGUCUCUGAGGACUUCCAGAAGUCCCAGGCCUUGGUUUCUUGUCUGGAGCGGUCUCUCUACUCCUUGCAGACAGAACACAACAACCUCAAGUUACAGCAGCACAAGGCGGAGGUGGUGGAGGAAGACCAUGCCUCCACCCUAUCAGAGCUCCAGGCCAAGGUGGUCAGUCAAGAGAGAAGGCUGCAGCAGGAAUUCAGCCUGGACCAGCACCUCCAGGGGCUGAUGGAGGAGAAGCGGGAGGUGGAGCAGAGACUGGAGAAGGCAAGGGAGGACCUGUUGGAGGCCAGGACAAGCCAUGCGGACACUGUCAGCUCCCUGGAAGCACAGGUGAGCAUGGCCAGUGGCACGGUGGGCGAGCUGCAGACCCUCCUCCGACACAAGGAAGACUCGUCCAAGUCGUACCGAGAGAGAACCGACGCUCAGAUCACAGCCCUCGAGCAGCAGGUGGUGGAGGCAAGAGGGAAGGUCCAGAGAGCUGAGCGGGAGAUCACUGAGCUGCAGGACGAGCUGAGCACAAUGCAAACAGGUUGGUUAUCCGAGAAGGCAUCGCUGGACCAGCAGUUGGUGGUAGAGAAGCAGCUCAGAGAGGACACCAAUGAUAGACUAGAGCAGGAGAAGGCCAUCGUCAAAUCAGAGAGCCAGACCAAGCAGGAGGCUCUAUGCCUCAGGAUGAGGGAGGUGGAGGAGGACAAGAGGUGUAUGGAGGAGGAGAAGCGGAGUCUCGAGGAGGCGAAGAGGGGUAUGGAGGAGGAGAGGGACAAGGCCUUCACCUCCCUCCAGGCCCGGGCAGAGGAGCUGACUGCAGCCAGGGCGGAGCUGGUCAGCCGUCAGACAGUGAGUGUGGAGAUAGCCAUGGCUCUUGAGGACAGCAGGAGGCAGAAGGAGGAGCUUCAAGCACAGGUGGGAGACCUGCUGAAGUCCCAUGAUGAAGUGCAACAGAAAGUGACCGGUCUCACUAAUCAGCUGGCCAAGAGAGAGGAGCAGAUUACUAUGCUCCAGAAUGACCUCGAGGCAUCCAGGGGAGGUGUGGUGGAGCUCCAGGCCCAGGUCCAGGCCCAGCUGGAGGGCCAGCGAGCCCAGGCUAAGCAACAGGAGGCGGAGAAGGACCAGCAGCUGGCCUGCCUCCGGGAGGACGCCGUCUGCCAAUUACAGCUGUUGGACUCCUGCCAAUCACGGAUCUCCUUCCUGGAAGUGGAGGUGGAGACCCUGACGGAGCAGCUCCAGCCCCCGGAUACCUGCGUCCCGCCGGAGCUAAACGGGGCGGUGACGGUAGACGACCUCGACCUGCUCCAGAAGACCAACCGAGACCUGGAGCAGCAGCUGGCCGACAAGAACCGGACCAUCAAGCAGCUGCAGCAGAGGUUAGCUGAGCUGAAGAGAACCUUCCAGAAGGAGCUGAAGCUGAAGCCAGACCUGGAGCCCCAGGGGAGAGUGGAGAGGGCAGCAGAGGACCGGGGAGAGAGGCAGGACCAACGGCACAGCAGUGAUCCUCUAGCAAACACCUGCACCUCCUUCACCACCUCCUCCCCUGCCCCUCCUCCAGGCCCCGCCCCCUUACCUGGCCUGGCCACGCCCCGCCGCCCCACCUCCACCUCCACCUGCACCGUCACCGUCACCAACACCUCCGACCUCAACGACUCACGGGAGAUCAACUUUGAGUACCUGAAACAUGUGGUGCUCAAGUUCAUGUCGUGCCGCGAGGCUGAGGCCUUCCAUCUGAUCCGAGCCGUCUCCGUUCUGCUCAACUUCACGCGAGAGGAGGAGGACUUGUUGAAGAAGACACUAGAGUACAAGAUGUCCUGGUUUGGAUCCAAGCCCUCUCCUAAAGGGAGCAUCCGACCUUCUAUCUCUGGAGCUGCUGCACAAUGGAGCUGAUGAAGAGAACCUGGACACCACCAUGAUGACUCUGAGCUUUAAUCUGUUUCCAACUCUGCUUUCAAACGUUCCUUUACUUUUUCUGCUUUUUUAUAUCAAGAUAAUGGAGCUUUUUUGGAGUUUCUUCAGAGUGAUCAGGAGACAAACAGAACUAUUUAUUAUCUCUUGUGAAGCUUUGGAUUGUUUUUUACUUUCAGGUGACGAGUGGACAAGGGCAUCUAUGGAAGAAUGAUUGGGAACCAGGUUUAGGAAAGGGGUUUGAUAUCAGGACCUAGUUACAGGGCCAGAGAGACAAGGAGGUGUGUCUUGCUGGGCCGAGGGGAGGGGCUUCCAGGGACCGGUGUUAGAUACAGGGCUUACCAGGCGUUUGCUCUAAACUCUGGGGGUUAGGGCCAGGCACUGGGUUCCAUCCAGAAUCAAAACAUGACACUUACUGGGCCUUCCAACCCCCUCCAAACCUGUUGUCUGUACAAAGCUGACAAGGUCGAGGUAGAGGAACUGACAUUCCACAUAUUAUAUACAUAAGGUAUGAUAUUUAUACAUAUGGAAAUGUUAAUUUGCAUUCAGAACUUUAUAAGUGAGGAAUGAUCGCCUCAGUAUUUAUAGUCCUGUUACCACAGCGCUAUGAUGUUUGUACUGUAUUACAAUGCUGUGAUCUGAUGUUGUUUUGAUGAAAGCGCCACAAUAUCUGCAUGCCUCCUGAUGGCGCUCCUAAGGGGUGGGUCUCUCUCUCUCUCUCUCUCUCUCUCUCUCUCUCUCUCUCUCUCUCUCUCUCUCUCUCUCUCUCUCUCUCUCUCUCUCUCUCUCUCUCUCUCUCUCUCUCUCUCUCUCUCUCUCUCUCUCUCUCUCUCUCUCUCUCUCUCUCUGGGAUAGAACCAGCUCUCUUCUCAAAGAUAUAAAAAAAAAAAAAAACUUUAUGCAAAAAAUGAUAUGUACAGUGGUUCAGCAUGCUUGCAAUAGGAUUGAAGCGGUAGGUUUUCAAUCGACCGAGAUAUCGAUGAAGGGGGAUGUAGAGUCUUUACAUAUGAAACGGUAAAAUAAAAGUUUAAGCUAGAAAUGGCUGGUGUUUCAGCCAAGGAUUUACAUACUGUCAACAAACAAGAGUGAUGCACUUCUGUGACUUGCUUUCACUGUCUUCUGUGUGUUGGAAUCUCAGCAAAUACUGUACAAUCACUACAGAUUUUCAUGUUUCAAUUUAACAGUAUCUGUCAGCACAAUCUUUCUCAUUUAUUAAUAAAAGAUGUAUGAGUUUU